GCGGCGCCUGUAUGCGACGCCAGGCGUCGUGACGCGAGGGGAGUAGAGAGAACAUGGCGGUCGCGUGAGCAAGGUUGAACGAACUGUUUUAACAAACUAAAAGAGUUUGAAAAUAAACCCCCGUCUAAAACCCACGACUUUGUGUUAAUUUAAAUCUAAGUCAAGUGCCAACCACCACACUGUUUAAUUUUUUUAGUGCGUAUUGGUAUAAAUAUGAUUAAACUUGUACAAGGUUGGGAAACAAACGCAUCCAGUCAGAAACUUAAAGCAAUGUUAAUUAACGAAUCAAACAGUUAAGUACUAACCCUAAUUAUUCCCUUAAGUUUAAUUUGAGUGAAUCUUACUAAAACGGAGACUCUAAAGUUAAAGUAACACCAAAAUUGUGUCAUUGAAGGUGGUUCGAGUGCAGCUAAACGAGUUAGUUAGGAGAAUAUCUAAAUGAUGUUUCACGAAUUGGCAAAGGAAUGAUUGUUGUGAGCCAUUUGAAUGAAGCUUCCAUCAAUACUAAGCACAUUGAUUUUAAUUGAUGACAUCGAGAACUCAAAAUGAGGGUAUCGUGGGGGCCUAGGCGCGAGGAGACAUGUCCGACGCCUCUGACUUAUCGUCCGAGGAGGAGCGCAGCCUAUUCCGUCCAUUUACGCGCGAGUCGCUUGCGACCAUCGAGGCUCGAAUUGCAGAAGAACAUGCUAAACAGAAGGAGUUGGAAAAGAAAAGAGCUGAAGGAGAGACCGGUUUUGGACGCAGGAAAAAGAAAAAAGAAAUUCGGUAUGAGGACGAGGACGAAGAUGAAGGCCCCCAACCUGACCCAACUCUGGAGCAAGGGUUACCCAUACCGGUCCGUCUUCAGGGUGGGUUUCCCCCGGAACUGGCCAGCACACCACUUGAAGACAUCGACCCUUUUUACAGCAACCAAAGAACUUUUGUAGUAGUUAGUAAAGGCAAGGACAUAUUCCGAUUUAGUGCAACCAACGCUCUGUGGAUACUCGAUCCUUUCAAUCCAAUCCGUCGAGUAGCCAUUUAUAUCUUAGUGCAUCCUUUAUUUUCUCUUUUCAUCAUCACCACCAUCCUCGUCAAUUGUAUCCUCAUGAUUAUGCCCACCACACCCACCGUAGAAUCAACUGAAGUAAUUUUCACUGGCAUCUACACGUUUGAAUCAGCUGUGAAGGUGAUGGCCAGAGGUUUUAUUCUUCAACCGUUCACCUACCUUAGAGAUGCAUGGAAUUGGCUCGACUUCGUAGUCAUAGCUUUAGCUUAUGUUACCAUGGGUAUAGACCUUGGGAAUCUUGCUGCCUUGAGAACAUUUAGGGUACUACGAGCUCUAAAAACUGUUGCCAUUGUGCCAGGUUUGAAGACUAUCGUGGGAGCUGUAAUAGAAUCUGUAAAAAAUCUCCGAGAUGUGAUAAUUUUAACGAUGUUUUCGCUGUCAGUGUUCGCACUGAUGGGUUUACAGAUUUACAUGGGGGUUCUGACGCAAAAAUGUAUCAAAAAUUUCCCCAUGGACGGCUCCUGGGGAAAUCUCACCGCUGAAAACUGGGAAAGAUUUGUAAGCAACGAAACGAAUUGGUAUUGGGACGAAGAAAAGGGGGAGCGGCCUUUAUGCGGAAACUCCUCCGGCGCCGGCACAUGUAAACCUGGUUAUACAUGUUUACAAGGCUAUGGUGAAAAUCCAAAUUAUGGGUACACAAGUUUUGAUACAUUUGGCUGGGCCUUCCUUUCUGCCUUUAGACUAAUGACUCAGGAUUAUUGGGAAAAUUUAUAUCAAUUGGUUUUGAGAUCUGCAGGACCUUGGCACAUGUUGUUUUUUAUCGUGAUCAUCUUCUUGGGCUCGUUUUAUUUGGUCAACUUAAUUUUGGCCAUCGUCGCUAUGUCUUAUGAUGAAUUACAAAAGAAGGCUCAGGAUGAAGAAGAGGCCGAAGCCGAAGCCAUCAGAGAAGCUGAAGAGAAGGCGAAGGAGAAGCAGGACCGGGCGGACGCGCGAGCCUUGGCGGCGGUGGAGGCAGCUGCGGCCGCGGAAGCGGCUGCCAGUGGCGGCGGCCACGAGAUCGUGAAGUCUUCGUCCGACUAUUCCUGUCAUAGCUAUGAAAGCUUCGUAGGACAAGCGAGCGGCCAGGAUGACAACAACAAGGAAAAAAUAAGCAUACGAUCUGAAGGAUUAGAUUCCGUGAGUGAACACAGAAGAGUUCCUAAUCUCAGCAAGAUACGGAAAGUCAGCGCUGCAAGUCUCAGUCUUCCGGGAUCUCCGUUCAACCUUCGCAGAGGGUCCAGAGGCAGCCACCAGUUCACCAUCCGGAACAACAGGCACAUGGUGGGCGGCCCCUGCGACCGCAAACCUUUGGUUCUCUCGACCUAUCUCGAUGCUCAAGAACAUCUUCCCUACGCCGACGACUCCAACGCUGUCACUCCCAUGAGCGAGGAGAACGGCGCCAUGGUGUUCCCCAUGUACUACGCCAAUCUGGGGUCACGUCACUCAUCGUACAACUCCCACGCCGCGCGGAUGUCCUACACCUCGCACGGGGACCUCCUUGGAGGCCUCGUAGGCAGUGGGAAAAACAUGACGAAGGAGAGCCAACUCCGGUGCCGUUCCAUGAGGAACGCACCUCCGGCCACAACAAACUCGUUCUUUGAAAUCACACACAAAGCACACCGAGGUGAUUAUGAUGGUCCCACGGGUCAGCUUUGUGAAUCGAAAUUAAAACAACUGGAUAGUUCCUUUAUUGACAACAAUCAGAGGCAAACGGUUGUAGAUAUGAAAGACGUAAAAGUCCUCAACGAUAUUAUUGAGCAAGCGGCUGCCAGCGGCGGGAGUGAGCAUGGAGUUUCCGUUUAUAUUUUCUCAGCGACUAAUAACGACGAGAAUGACGAAGAAGAGGAGGAGCCCACGGUCGGCGAACGCAUGCUGGCCUACACCCUCAAAAUAAUCGACAUUUUCUGCGUCUGGGACUGUUGCCACUGCUGGGUCGUCAUCCAGAAGUUCGUCAGUUUGAUAGUGUUUGACCCGUUCGUCGAGCUGUUCAUCACGCUCUGCAUCGUCGUCAACACCCUGUUCAUGGCGCUCGACCACCACGACAUGGACAAAGACCUGGAAAAGGCCCUAAAGAGCGGCAACUACUUCUUCACCGCCACUUUCAUGAUCGAAGCUACGAUGAAGUUGAUCGCGAUGAGUCCGAAGUUCUACUUUCAAGAAGGCUGGAAUAUCUUUGAUUUCAUAAUAGUGGCGUUGUCGUUGCUGGAACUUGGGCUUGAAGGGGUCCAGGGGUUGUCCGUUUUGAGAUCAUUCCGACUGUUGAGGGUUUUUAAACUGGCAAAGUCGUGGCCAACCUUGAACUUACUCAUCUCCAUUAUGGGCAGGACGAUGGGGGCUUUGGGGAAUCUAACGUUUGUCUUGUGCAUCAUCAUAUUCAUAUUUGCCGUAAUGGGGAUGCAACUAUUUGGGAAAAACUAUACAGAUAACGUUGAUAGAUUUCCCGACCACGAACUUCCAAGGUGGAACUUUACCGAUUUUAUGCAUUCCUUUAUGAUAGUGUUUAGAGUACUGUGUGGAGAGUGGAUAGAAUCUAUGUGGGAUUGCAUGUUAGUAGGUGAUGUGUCUUGUAUUCCAUUCUUCCUAGCAACUGUGGUAAUUGGUAAUCUUGUGGUACUGAACCUCUUCUUGGCUCUGCUUUUGAGCAACUUUGGCUCUUCAAACCUCUCAGCACCGACUGCCGACAACGACACUAAUAAAAUAGCAGAGGCCUUUGAGAGAAUAGCGCGUUUUAUACGGUGGAUAAAGGGUAGUGUUUUAGACAUGGUAAAAAUCGUCCGAUUUAAACUAACUAAUCAGAUAUCAGACCAGCCCUCAGGUAAAAAAAGAAACUUAUCUCUAGUUAGUCACUUGGUAAUUUCAGACGAACGAGAGUGUGCGUUAGAAAUAUCAGAAGACGAAAUAUUGGCUAACGGUUUAAUGAAGAAAAACCCUAAAGACCGGGUUGAAGUAACGAUAGGCAUAGGGACCGGUAUGGACCUUACAGUUCAUGGUGAUUCGAAAGCGAAUUUGAAACGAGACAAGAACAGCUUGAGUAAAAGCAAAACUAUCGGAAAUUCAAUUUUAGACCACAGUGAUUUUAUUAGUCACUUGGACGACGACGAAAUUAGUAAUAAUUCAUACGGGAGUCACACUUAUCGCUUUAAGGACGAGAGUCACAAAGGCAGUGCCGACGUUCUUGAAGAUAACGAAGAGCAGGAAGAGAAGCGCGAUGCUAGCAAAGAAGAGCUAGGUAUCGCCGAAGACACGGAAGAAGAAGGCUGCGAAUGUAAGGAAGUCCUGAAUGAAGAUUUGGUUGACGCAAACACUGAAGACAUCAUCGACGAAUAUUCCGCCGACUGCUGUCCCGAGUCGUGUUACAAAAAGUUCCCGUUCCUGGCCGGCGACGAAGACUCGCCCUUUUGGCAAGGCUGGGCGAACUUGCGCUACAAAACGUUCCGGCUGAUAGAAAACAAAUAUUUCGAAACGGCGGUCAUCACGAUGAUUUUGCUGAGCAGUCUGGCCCUGGCUUUGGAGGAUGUGCAUCUUUCGAAACGGCCGAUCUUGCAAGACAUUUUAUACUACAUGGACCGCAUUUUUACAGUGAUUUUCUUUUUCGAAAUGUUGAUAAAGUGGCUGGCUUUAGGUUUCCAAAAGUACUUUACGAACGCAUGGUGCUGGCUAGAUUUUAUUAUCGUAAUGGUGUCCUUAAUUAAUUUUAUUGCCUCUCUUUGUGGCGCUGGUGGUAUUCAAGCGUUUAAAACCAUGAGAACACUCCGAGCUCUGAGGCCGCUCCGUGCCAUGUCGCGGAUGCAAGGGAUGAGGGUUGUGGUGAACGCACUCGUACAAGCUAUACCAUCCAUCUUCAAUGUACUGCUAGUGUGCUUGAUCUUUUGGUUGAUUUUUGCUAUAAUGGGUGUACAAUUAUUUGCUGGUAAAUACUUUAAGUGCGUGGACGCAAAUAAGACGAGUCUGAGCUACGAAAUUAUUCCCGACUACAACGCUUGUAUUGCCGAAAAUUACACGUGGGAGAAUUCCAGAAUGAAUUUUGAUCACGUGGGUAAAGCCUACCUUUGCUUGUUUCAAGUCGCCACGUUUAAGGGCUGGAUACAAAUCAUGAACGAUGCGAUAGAUUCCAGAGAGAUUAAUAAACAACCAAUAAGAGAGACGAACAUUUACAUGUAUUUAUAUUUCGUCUUCUUUAUUAUUUUUGGAUCGUUCUUUACUUUGAAUCUGUUUAUUGGGGUGAUCAUUGAUAACUUUAAUGCACAAAAGAAGAAAGCCGGCGGUUCGUUGGAAAUGUUCAUGACUGAGGAUCAGAAAAAGUACUACAAUGCGAUGAAGAAAAUGGGUUCGAAGAAGCCUAUGAAAGCGAUCCCGAGACCGAGGUGGAAGCCUCAAGCUAUCGUGUUUGAGAUAGUAACAAAUAAGAAAUUUGACAUGAUAAUCAUGUUGUUCAUUGGCUUGAACAUGUUGACGAUGACGAUGGACCAUUACCAGCAGAAAGAGACGUUUACGCAAGUGCUAGACUACCUCAACAUGAUUUUCAUAGUUAUAUUUAGUACCGAGUGCCUCAUGAAGAUGUUUGCGUUGCGAUACCAUUACUUCACGGAACCGUGGAAUCUCUUCGAUUUGGUAGUUGUGAUUUUGUCAAUCUUGGGUUUAGUUUUGAGUGAUAUCAUCGAAAAAUAUUUCGUAUCACCAACACUGUUGAGAGUGGUGCGUGUGGCAAAAGUCGGGAGGGUACUCCGUUUGGUGAAAGGAGCAAAAGGCAUCCGCACACUGCUUUUCGCAUUAGCCAUGUCACUGCCUGCACUAUUCAACAUCUGUUUACUGUUAUUCUUGGUGAUGUUCAUCUUUGCCAUCUUCGGGAUGUCCUUCUUCAUGCACGUCAAAGACAAGAGCGGAUUGGAUGACGUCUACAACUUCAAAACUUUUGCCCAGUCCAUGAUUCUCCUAUUUCAGAUGUCCACUUCGGCCGGGUGGGACGGCGUUUUGGACGGGAUUAUAAACGAAGAGGACUGCAAGUUGCCGAACAAUGAGAUAGGAGAGACGGGGAACUGCGGGAACUCAACAAUAGGCAUCGCCUUUCUACUUAGCUACCUCGUGAUCUCUUUCCUGAUCGUCAUCAACAUGUACAUCGCCGUGAUCUUGGAGAACUACUCCCAGGCCACGGAAGACGUGCAGGAGGGCUUGACCGACGACGACUACGACAUGUACUACGAGAUCUGGCAGCAGUUCGACCCUGACGGCACCCAGUACAUCCGCUACGACCAGCUGUCGGACUUCCUGGAUGUGCUGGAGCCGCCUUUGCAAAUCCACAAACCCAACAAAUACAAGAUAGUUUCCAUGGACAUCACCAUAUGCAAGGGUGAUCUCAUGUUUUGUGUAGAUAUUUUAGAUGCGCUAACUAAAGACUUCUUCGCCCGCAAGGGCAAUCCGAUUGAAGAGACCGCCGAACUCAGUGAAGUGAACACUCACCCGAACGAGCCGGGCUACGAACCAGUGAGCUCCACGCUGUGGAGGCAGCGCGAGGAGUACUGUGCGCGCCUGAUCCAGAACGCGUGGCGCAAGCACAAGCAGCAGCGCAGCAGCGGCGUGCCCGAGCCGGCAGGCGAGGGGGAGCUGGACAAAGACAGUGAGCUGGAGGCGCACCAAACGGCCGUUUUGGUGGAGAACGACGGCUUUGCGACCAAAAACGGGCACAAAGUGGUGUUGCACAGUCGCACGCCCAGCGUCAGCUCCAGGUCUGCGGACGUCUGAGAAUGGCCCCGCCCCUCCUUGACGCCACCAUAGUGGACGCUACGUUCGAAAUUUUUAUCUCGGCUGCUCUCCAGACAUAUCCUCUUAUUACAUGCAUCGAAUUACGUUUUGCGGCCGGUUUGCGGUGGCCGUCAUUGUUAACUGGACGAUCUCCCGAGAUAAAAACUUGCGGCGACCAAGUAAGUGCGUGUAGUUUCAUGGAGAAGGUACCACUAGAUUUUCAAUACGACUAGUAACAACAAUGUCCCAGCAUUAGUUGCUACUGCACACCAAACACACAACUACGACUGGUCGAACGCUUGGUGGAUUUUAAUAGAUAAGAAUCCUGCUGUUCGAACUAGCAUGAUUUAUUCCAUAUCCUUGCGCAACUUUUGCGCUCCACUAGUACCAUAUGCUGGUUGAACCAGUAGGGCGCAUUAUUCAUUGAAUUGUACCAAACGUAGUCGUUUUCUGCGCGUUUUUGGGGGCACUAUUCCCAAGUGCGCCCCAAAAAUAACAGGAACAAUUACACAUAUUCUAAAGAGUAAUUCGUAUAAACGGUGCUUUCUUCAAGCUACAUGGACAGUAUUGGAGGAGGGGCAAAUGGGUCAAAAAAAGAAAAAUUUUCGUAUGCCUCAUACAAUAUCUAUUGUAAAUUUGUAUGUGUGACAUUUUUUCAAAAAGGAGACACUUUUUAACAAGCAAUAUAGCACAUGCUGUACUAUUUUUAAAAUAUGUGCUUGAAUACAAUUAGCUUAAAGUUUUUUAUUUCACACAAUAACAGCAUUUUACGACUUAUUGAUCGCACGAGUUGUAUAAAUUAUAAUGUAACGUUAGUUAUACAUUGAAUUUUUUUAUCAUGGCUGGACCAUUGGAGGGUUUUUGGCAAAAAUGUCACCCAUACCGUUGCAAAUAUUUUAUUCGAUACUUAGAGAUCCAGAUAUAACUACAGAACUGUCGUUCUACGUUAUGAUAUGCUGUUACGUUUUAUUGGUUGAUUAGAUAAUUAUUGUUAAGAUUUUAUAUGAAUAUUACGGAUUUGGUUAGUGUUUGUUGACGUGGUUACUAUUACAUUUUUGGACCCAUUAAACCGACUGUUAUUCCCAGACAGUGAUUUCAAUGGGCAAAUGCGAGACUUGAAAGGCCUUCGUUUUCCUGUACACCAUCUAGCCAUGACAAAUAAAAUUUCCCUUAAAUUUCUUCUGAUUAUUUCGAAAAUUCCAUAAAUAUCGACAACCAAAGCUCAUUCAAACACUCACCAUUGACGGAACGAAGUGAUAACUGACAACUGCGGUAUGUUUCAUUCGCUCGAAGAUGAGUGGAGUAACUAUAUUUAGAAAGAUUAUUGUCUCCCGGUGCAAUGAAACACACUACUUAUAUAUUACAUUGGCAAUCGCUAAUAUACGAAUGAUUUGUUUAAGCUCCACCGCUUCUUUUCAACAGUAGACUCAAGAUUUGACGAGAUCUGUUCUCUAGUGUGCUGCAUUUUAAUCUAAUAAUACGCACACAUUGUUAUUGUGAUAGUGAAAUAGAUUAACUGAUUUUGACAAUACACUGUAUAUACGUAGUUCAAACCAACAUUCCAUUUAAAUGAUUUAUUUUGUUAUUAGGGAAAUUAAACAGCAAGGUUACAUGAAGAGGUGUAUUGUGAAUCAGUUGCCUUUCCGCUUUCAUACUCCACAGUUUGUUUUAAAGUGAGUGAUUCAAGGAGCAAUUUUACUCAUUCACAAAACACAGGUUGAAAAUUUUUGCACAUGUUUGUUAUCUGGCGUAAGAAACUGCACAAUCUGCUUGUAUACCUAGGCUUAGGUACAGUUCCAGCACUGAGCGAAUAUCUUCAUACAUUUCAAUUGUUCACUUUUUUACGCUGGAUAUGAUAUGCUUAAUAUUUUGCGAUUUGGGUUUUUUCCUUUCUAACGCGUGUAGGUACAUGUAACAUACACUUUAGAUAAUUGUGUUCGGUACAUCGUAUCUACAUUUUGACAAGCCAUUCAUGUAAUAUAAUGAAUAAUCAUAGUAUUACAACAUAUUAUAUACAUAUAAUUUUUCUAAGCAAUCGUUGUUUUUAGGGUAGUUAUUGAUAAGAUUUAGUUUGUAAGCUUUGCGAAAAUUAAAGCGAUCUCGAUUUAUAUUGGAUAUUAUUAUUGUCCAUAUAGAUAAUUACCAUUCUGUUAUUACUUUUGUUGUUUUAUUAUUAAUUACCAAUUCAAAUAAAAAUCACAUAACGCCUAA